AUGCGGGAGGUCUACCAACCCUGCACCACUACCAUCCACACUGACAAGGACACCAAACCGAUCUCCCCAAUCCGGAAGAAACUUCAACAAUACAUUCCGAUUCUCGAAUGGCUUCCCAACUACAAAUGGAAAGAGCACUUCAGUGGCGACGUGAUUGCCGGGCUGACUGUCGGCAUCAUGCAUGUCCCACAAGGAAUGGCGUAUGCUAGUUUGGCUGGUGUUGACCCGGUGUAUGGGAUGUACUCGUCGUUUUUUGCUAGCACUAUUUAUAUGUUCUUCGGCACAGCAAGACAUAUUUCGAUUGGUGUCUUCGCCGUUGCGUCUAUGAUGGUGGGUGCGUCUCGCCUCCGCAACGCGCCCGAACGCCUCGUCAUCGCCAACACCUCCACCGUCGUCCCAGAUGAAUACUACCCCCUCGGAGAAUACAUCGACCCACUCGUCUACACCAGCGCUCUCACCCUGCUCGUCGGCGUCGUUCAAAUCAUAAUGGGAGUAUCGCGCCUUGGAUUCCUCACCACUUACCUCUCGGACCCACUGGUCUCUGGAUUCACCACUGGCGCCGCGGUCCAUGUGUUCACUUCUCAAUUGAAUAAGGUCCUAGGUGUCAAGUUGCCACGUCAUGAGGGGAUCGGAAUGAUUGUGAGAAUGUAUCGAGAUAUGUUUUGGUCGUUGGGAAGUGUCAACUAUGUGGCCCUCGGGAUUUCCAUCUUCGGAAUACUCUUCUUGGAUCUUGGAAGGACUUUUAUUAAUCCGAUUGUCAAGAAAGUGUCCCCCAUCCCACCACCUCUCGAGCUAAUCCUUGUCAUCUUUGGUGUCAUAAUCUCCAUGAUUUUCGACCUGGACACCUCUUACCAUAUCAAGACAGUACACGAAAUCCCACGUGGCUUCCCGUCCCCGUCUCUUCCACAGCUUCACUUCCUCCCUGCUCUUGUCCAAGACGCCAUUCCCAUCGCAAUCGUCUGCUACAUGUUUGUAAUGUCCAUGGGUAAACUGUUCGCCAAGAAGCACAAGUACAAAACGGACGCCACGCAGGAGCUCUACGCCAUCGGGCUCGCCAGUGCGAUCUCCUCGUUCUUCCCUGUCUACCCGGUCGGAGCAUCGCUAUCCCGAUCGUCGGUUUGUGAGAUGUCUGGUGCCAACACUCAGUUGUAUACCAUAUUCUCGUCACUGCUGCUGCUCACCGUCAUUCUGAUAUUUGGACCAUUUUUGGAGCCACUGCCAAUGUGUAUUCUGGCGUGUAUCGUAAUAGUCAGCUUGAAGAGUCUGUUCAUGCACGUGAAGGAGUUGCCGAGGUUGUACAGGAUUAGCAAAUAUGAUUUUACAAUCUGGCUAGUCGCAUGCCUCUCGACCAUCUUCACCGAUGUCACCACUGGCUUGGUCAUCUCUCUCGUCUCCUCUCUCUUCACACUGGUUCUCCGCCAACAAUGGCCAACGUUUUCGACGGAAGUGUUGCACGAUGAAACUCCACGUCAGAAUCUUCCAGAAGGCGUCGAGAUUGUGAGAUUCGGAGGGGCGAUUCACUUUGCCAAUGUCACUUUGUUCCUGGAUAAAAUGGCUGAAUCUAUUGGACGGGUGCCCGAAGGAGAGACGUUGAUCGAUGGGAAGACUCUAAUCCUGGAUGGAGCCCCGAUUGGAUACGUGGAUUCAAUGGGUGUGGAUGCUCUGCGUGACGUGUACCGGGAUGCUCAAAAUUGUGGAGUCCAAGUGUUCUACUGUGGCCUACCUGAAGCGGUGUUGUCAGUUCUCUGUAAUGAUGAGAACUUUUGUUCGGUUGUCCCAUCCUCCACGUUCUUUGCAUCAAUUGAUCGGUGCAUUCUAUCGAUUGUACAACAGCAAAGUGUUUAG